AUGGUGAACUCGCUGCUGUACACCUUCCCCGGCAUUCGCGUCAUCAGCGAGGAGCACAUGCCCACGAGCGGCGACGGCGGCGGCGGCAUCGACGUGGCGCCCAUCAGCGUGAACCGCGCCGUCCUCAACAGCGCCGCCUUCGCCACCAUUCCACCCGAAAUUGACCUGAACCUCGAGGACCUGGUCGUGUGGAUCGACCCGCUGGACGCCACCAAGGAGUACUCGGAGGGCCUGACGCAGUACGUCACGACAAUGGUCUGUGUGGUGCAACGUGGCGAGCCGCUGCUCGGCGUCAUCCACCAGCCCUUUCUCAUGAAGACGUACUGGGCGUCCAAGUUUGGCAUCGACAAGAAGCUGCUGGCGCUGCGCUCCACCUUCAUGCGCCAGUCUGCUGAUGCUGAUGCAGACCGGCGGCCACCACGGCUGGUCAUCUCGCGCUCGCACAAGGGCGACGUGGAGCGGCUGGUCCACGCUGCGCUGCCUAAUGCCACUGUCCUCGAGGCGGCCGGCUCCGGCUUCAAGACGCUGGAGCUGAUGAAGGGCCAGGCGGACAUUUACCUCCACAAGACGCACAUCAAAAAGUGGGACGUCUGCGCGCCGAACGCCAUUCUGAAGUACGCCACGGAGGGGACGAUGAGCACACUGCGCGGCGGCUCCAUCAGCUACGACUUUGAGUCCGAUUUCGUCGUCCGGGAGGGCAUCUUCGCCACUGCCAAGCCCGGUCUAGUCAGUCUUCGACAGCGGCUGGCAGCUCAGCUGUUCAACAGUCGUCGUCUGGACGACGUCUAA